AUGGCUGACCUCCGGCGGAAGGCCUUCUGCAGUACCCCACCUGGCACCUCCCAGGCACCCAGAAGAGCCCGCAAGAGAGCGGAAGGUGGAGCCGGCUCCAAUGUCUUCUCCAUGUUUGAUCAGUCCCAGAUCCAGGAGUUUAAAGAGGCCUUCACCAUCAUGGACCAGAACCGGGAUGGCUUCAUCGACAAGGAGGACCUGAGGGACACCUUUGCUGCCUUGGGCCGCAUCAAUGUGAAGAACGAGGAGCUGGAGGCCAUGGUGAAGGAGGCCCCCGGGCCCAUCAACUUCACCGUCUUCCUGACCAUGUUUGGGGAGAAGCUGAAGGGUACGGACCCGGAGGAGACCAUUCUCCACGCCUUCAAGGUGUUUGACACCGCAGGGAAAGGUUUCGUCAAGGCUGAUUUCAUCAAAGAGAAGCUCAUGACCCAGGCCGACCGGUUCAGUGAGGAGGAGGUCAAGCAGAUGUUUGCGGCUUUCCCGCCAGAUAUGUGUGGUAACCUGGAUUACCGGAACCUGUGCUACGUCAUCACACACGGAGAGGAGAAAGACUAG